AUGGCUUGCGGAGUUGCGUUAAAGAGGCCAUACGAUUAUGAUGAUUAUCUACUUGCGGAAGGAAGUGAAGUAAAACGUGCACGUCAUACGCAGACACAUUGCUCACCAUUCCGUGCACAAAUUGGUACUAUUGCUGCGUCACUGCCAACUUCAGGUGCACCGAGUGCUUUGAUGCAACUACGAGAUCCAAAAGAUCGUGAGACCUACGAUAAUUCACCAUUUGCCCGAGUUGGCAAUAAUUUGCAGCUUUCAUCUGGACAGCUAGAAUCAUACUUACGGGCUGAAGUGCGUUAUCUGAAACGUCGGCAUCUGAUUCCACAUCGCACGCUCACUUCAAGCGGAGUGAGCACAGGUAGCGGUGAAGGGAGUGCCGUUGUACAGCAUUACGGGUCUCAUUUUUCUUGUAAUGUAGCAUCUGGGAACGGAACAAAUUCAGAACAUGGUUAUCGUGAGGCACCAUUAUCACCUAAUAAUAAUUCGGGCAGUGAAUCAGAAGGUGAAACAAAUAUGCAAAAGACAUCAUCAAUGAAGGACUUGUACGAGAAACCACAGUUUUCUCUAAAACAGGUGAUGAUGAUCUGCGAAAGGCUGUUGAAGCAGCAAGAAGUACGUCUUAGAUAUGAAUAUGAAACAGUAUUGAACCAGCGUUUAGAAGAGCAACAUGAGCAAUAUGUGCAAUUUGCUCGCGAACAAAUUGAACGUCAGCAUCAGGAUGAUGGUGUAGAAUUGUCUUAUCUUUCCUAA